AUGUCCACUCAAUACGCCAGUGAGCCAAACCCAACGGCAUCGGCGACACUACACACAACCGUUGGCCCGAUUCAUAUCGCACUAUUCGCAAACCAGGCUCCCCUCACCUGCAAGAACUUCCUGCAGCACUGCAAGGACAAUUACUAUGCCGGAACGAUCUUCCACCGCAUUGUGCCAGACUUUGUAGUCCAGGGUGGUGACCCGACGGGCACUGGAUCCGGUGGGACAUCCAUCUACGAAUAUCCCGAGUUCGAGUACGACCCCGAAGCGCGCGACCCGAACGAACGUGUCGUCCUGCGCGAUGAGAUCCACAGUCGACUACGAUUCAACCGGCGGGGGCAGGUGGGCAUGGCGAAGAGUGAGGAUGGAUCGUAUGGGAGUCAAUUCUUUAUCACGCUGGGCAAUACGGAGCGCGAAUUGAGUGGGCAGUGUACACUGUUUGGACGGUUGGAGGGGGAUAGCAUUUUCAACGUGUUGAAAAUUGCAGACGCAGAGCGUGUCGAGGGUACAGAGCGACCCGUGUAUCCGGUGAAAGUGACAUCUUGCGAAGUUGGAGAAUUGGGACCCCUGGCUGGUAAAUUGAAGGAUCGCAAGGUCGUCUCAACCACGACAGCUGGAGUGGAGAAGCAAGUGCCCAAGAAAAAGAAAAAGGCCGCCAAAGGAGGAAAAGUCUUGCUCAGCUUUGGCGAUGAUGAAGGCGACGAGGGUAUGCCCAUGCGGCCCGCGAAGCCCAAGUUUAAUACCAAAUUGGUUGCGGAUGUACCUGUUGCAAAGGACGAAGCGACAACAGAGCCAUUACCACGUCCUACAGAGUCAGCACCACGCAAACGACCACGGUCUCCAUCUCCCAAACGCCCGUCCUCGCCAGAGCGCAGACAACGACGCAAAACACCAGACCCCCAGACACAAUUACCGCUACGAGAUCCCGAGUCCCCCUCUCGCUCUCCCACGCCAGCCUCUCCACCACCCAAGGAAUCAAAACUCUCACGGACCAAUGCCGAGAUAGCUUCAUUAAAGGCAUCGAUGCGCCGGACCGCCGACGUCGGUCCAGCCGACACCGGCCGCAAAAAGUCCGCCCUCGAAGCCAUGAUCCCAGACACCGCAACACGCGGCCGCAAACGCUUUGCACCGGGAUCCACAAACGGCGCGGCAGCUACCUCUGGCGGCAGGAGUUCGGCCGAAAAAGCCGCGCUGGACAUGUUCAAUGCCUUCAAAGCCAAACUCGAAGGAACUACCGAUCCCAAGAGCACAACCACACAACCCCAUCAAACCCAACACACAGCCAAAGAAAAAGGAAAAUCGCGCGCGACAGAACCAGAAGACGAAGAAGCCCAACUCUGCGACCUCCACUUCAUCGCAAACUGCCAAUCCUGCCAAGUAUGGGACGAUCCGGACACAGCGCAAAACGCAGACGAGGAGGAUGUCAAUGACGAAGGCUGGCUCAACCAUACGUUACGGUUUGGUAAGGACAUGCUCGGCAAGGAUUUGAAUUGGAAGAAGGAGCAUCCGGGGGAUGCAGAUUCAUUGAUGGUGAUUGAUCCGCGUGAGAAGGAGAAGGAUUUGGGGGGUCCGAGUGGGCGGAGACGGGGGAUGCAGAGGGAUUGGGAGAGGGAGAGGAAGAGGGAGAGGGCUGGGGAGAGGGAGUGGGAUCGGGAUGGGAAGUAG